AUGGAGGGGGAGGGCGUGCCCGGCCUGGCGGCGGAGGCGGUAUUGGUGAAGUCCGAGCAGCUUCCUGAAGGCACGCCCCAAAUCAGAGGGUACGACUUUUCCCAGGGCUGCAAUCUCGACCACCUUAUGGAUGCCAUGCUUUUCAGCGGGUUCCAAGCAUCCAAUCUUGGAAAAGCUGUGCAGGAAGUCAACAACAUGAUCAAGUGGCGCCUCAGCGACGAUCCGUUAACAAGCGACACGAGCCCAGAGCACGCCCUGCCUGGCUUUCGGUCCAAGACUCGGACCAAGAUCUUCCUGGGCUUCACCUCUAACCUGGUCUCUGCCGGGGUGCGGGAGCAGAUCCGUUACCUUGUGCAGAACAGAAUGGUCGAUGUUCUGGUGACAACUGCCGGUGGGGUGGAGGAAGACCUCAUAAAGUGCAUGGCGCCGACGUACCUGGGUGACUUCAGGCUGAAGGGCGCGGAGCUGAGGGUGAAGGGCCUGAACCGCAUUGGUAACAUGCUGGUGCCGAACAGCAACUACUGCGCCUUUGAGGAGUGGAUCAUGCCCAUACUGGACAAGAUGUUGGUGGAGCAGCAGGAGGACGGGGUCAACUGGACACCGUCGAAGAUGAUUGAUAGAUUUGGCAAGGAAAUCAAUAAUCCUGACUCGAUCUAUUACUGGGCGCACCGGAAUGGAAUUCCAGUGUAUUGCCCGCCCCUCACAGACGGCUCCAUUGGCGACAUGCUGUUCUUUCACUCUUACAAGAAACCUGGGCUACGCUGCGACAUUGUGGAAGACAUUCGAAGAAUGAAUGACGAAGCCUUGAAAGCAGCACCCAGGAGAACAGGUGUCAUCAUUCUUGGAGGAGGAGUUCCGAAGCACCACAUAUGCAACGCCAAUUUGAUGCGGAAUGGGGCGGACUACGCCGUGUACGUCAACACAGCACAGGAAUUCGACGGGAGCGACUCUGGCGCCCAUCCGGACGAGGCGGUUUCCUGGGGCAAAAUCAAGAUGACCGCCACGCCUGUCAAGCUGUGCGGAGAUGCGACCAUCCUGUUUCCCCUCAUAGUGUCACAGACGUUUGCAAAGGAGGAGCAGUCGUGGGCGCGUGGCUGCGAGGAUGCCCCUUGA